AUGGAUGCAGAGACAGGGAGCAGCGUGGAGAGUGGGAAGACGACCAACAGAGGCACUCGAAUCGCCCUGGCCGUGUUCGCUGGUGGCACCCUGGUGCUGGGCACGGUCCUCUUUCUAGUGAGUCAAGGUUUCUUAAGCCUCCAAGCUAAGCCGGAGUACUGCCUGAAGCCAGAAUGCAUCGAAGCUGCUGCUUCCAUCUUGAGUAAAGUAAAUCUGUCUGUGGACCCCUGUGAUAAUUUCUUCCGGUUUGCUUGUGAUGGCUGGAUAAACAGUAAUCCAAUUCCUGAAGAUAUGCCAAGCUAUGGGAUUUAUCCUUGGCUGAGACGUAAUGUCGACCUCAAGUUGAAGGCACUUUUGGAGAAAUCAAUCAGUAAAAGGCGGGACAUCGAAGCCAUACAGAAAGCCAAAAUCCUUUAUUCAUCUUGCAUGAAUGAGAAAGCGAUCGAAAAAGCAGAUGCCAAGCCAUUGUUACAUAUCCUGCGGCACUCACCUUUCCGCUGGCCUGUGCUUGAAUCUAAUAUCGGUCCUGAAGGGGUUUGGUCAGAGAGAAAGUUCAGCCUUCUUCAGACACUUGCGACGUUUCGUGGCCAAUACAGCAAUUCUGUGUUCAUUCGUUUGUAUGUGUCCUCUGAUGACAAGGUGUCCAACGAACACAUCUUGAAGCUGGACCAAGCAGCCCUCUCCCUAGCCGUGAGGGAAGACUACCUUGAUAAUAGCACAGAAGCCAAGUCUUAUCGGGACGCCCUUUACAAGUUCAUGGUGGAUACUGCCGUGCUUUUGGGAGCUAAUAGCUCCCGAGCAGAGCAUGACAUGAAGUCGGUGCUUAGGUUGGAAAUUAAGAUAGCUGAGAUAAUGAUUCCACAUGAAAACCGAACCAGUGAGGCCAUGUACAACAAAAUGAACAUUUCCCAACUGAGUGCUAUGAUUCCCCAGUUUGACUGGCUGGGCUUCAUCAAGAAGGUCAUUGAUGUCAGACUCUACCCCGAACUGAAAGACAUCGGCCCCUCAGAGAAUGUGGUGGUCCGUGUCCCUCAGUACUUUAAGGAUUUGUUUAGGAUAUUAGGCUCUGAGAGGAAGAAGACUGUUGCCAACUAUUUGGUGUGGAGGAUGGUUUAUUCCAGAAUUCCAAACCUAAGCAGGCGCUUUCAGUAUAGGUGGCUGGAAUUCUCACGGGUAAUCCAGGGUACCACAACUUUGUUGCCUCAGUGGGAUAAGUGUGUCAACUUUAUUGAAAGUACGCUCCCUUAUGUUGUUGGAAAAAUGUUUGUGGAUGUACACUUCCAGGAAGACAAGAAGGAGGUGAUGGAGGAAUUGAUUGAGGGUGUUCGAUGGGCCUUUAUUGACAUGCUGGAGAAAGAAAAUGAGUGGAUGGAUGCAGGGACGAAAAGGAAAGCCAAAGAAAAGGCAAGAGCUGUUUUGGCAAAAGUUGGCUAUCCUGAAUUUAUAAUGAAUGAUACUCAUGUUAAUGAAGACCUCAAGGCAGUCAAGUUUUCAGAAUCUGACUACUUCGGCAACGUCCUGCAAACCCGCAAGUAUUUAGCACAGACUGAUUUCUUCUGGCUGAGAAAAGCUGUUCCAAAAACAGAGUGGUUUACAAAUCCAACGACUGUCAAUGCCUUCUACAGCGCAUCCACCAACCAGAUCCGAUUUCCAGCAGGAGAGCUCCAGAAACCUUUCUUUUGGGGAACAGAAUAUCCUCGAUCUCUGAGUUAUGGCGCUAUAGGAGUAAUUGUUGGACAUGAAUUUACACAUGGAUUUGAUAAUAAUGGUAGAAAAUAUGAUAAAAAUGGAAACCUGGACCCUUGGUGGUCUGUUGACUCAGAAGAAAAGUUUAAGGAAAAAACAAAGUGCAUGAUUAGCCAGUAUAGCAACUAUUAUUGGAAGAAAGCUGGCUUACACGUAAAGGGGAAGAGGACCCUGGGAGAAAAUAUUGCCGAUAAUGGAGGUCUGCGACAAGCUUUUAGGGCUUACAGGAAAUGGGUAAAUGACAAGAGGCAGGGGGUUGAGGAGCCUCUCCUACCCGGCAUUGAAUUCACCAACAGCCAGCUUUUUUUCCUGAGUUAUGCUCAAGUGAGGUGCAAUUCCUACAGACCAGAAGCUGCCCGAGAACAAAUCCAAGUUGGUGCUCACAGCCCCCCUCAGUUUAGGGUCAAUGGUGCAGUUAGCAACUUUGAAGAAUUCCAGAAGGCUUUUAACUGUCCAUCCAAUUCCACGAUGAACAGAGGCACGGACUCCUGCCGACUCUGGUAG